UCAGUGUUACAUACAUUUGUAAACAAAUCUUAAGAAUUUAAAGAAAUUUAUAUAUUUAUCUAUAUAAUCAAUUUUUUAUCAAAUGACUAAAGGAAUAUUCCCUUAUUUUGCUGCGGGUGAGAUCGUCAAAGGAUUUGGUAGAGGCUCAAAAGAUUUAGGAAUUCCGACGGCAAAUUUCCCUCUAAAUGUAGUACAAAAUCUUCCACCUAAUAUUGAGACUGGAAUCUAUUACGGUUUUGCGAACGUAGACAAUGGUCCUGUUCAUGAAAUGGUGAUGAGCAUCGGUUGGAACCCAUUUUUCCAUAAUAAAGAAAAGAGUAUGGAGACCCAUAUAUUACAUGAUUAUAAUCAAGAUCUGUAUGGUUGCAUUCUUAAAGUUUGUAUUCUGGGAUAUAUACGACCCGAAAAAAAUUUCGAUUCCUUGGAUUUAUUAAUAAAUGCUAUAAAAGACGAUAUUCAACAAGCAAAAAAAUUAUGUAAUCUACCAAGUAAUAAGGGGUAUAUAACUUCCAACUUUUUUAAAAAAGGAAACAGUAGCGAUGGAGGAAAUUCAGUGAUAUAAAAUAUAAGUUAAUUAAUUUAAUUAUUUUUGUUGAGUUUGGAAAAUAGACAAAUUAUAAACAGGUAUAUUUUUAAGUUCUUUGGGGGUAAUCAAAUUAUUAGUAUUUGUUGUUAAAGUAAACUAUGAGUUUUUUAAAACUAAAA